UCUGGUGUUCGUGGCGUGGACCAUACAACCCACAGCUCGUCUUACACGUGUGGGUGACUUCAUUUGAAUUCUCCCAACUUUAUGAAAAGACAGCGUGAAAUUUGGCUGUCAUCUAGUAUUUUGUCACAAAGAGGCCUCUUGUGGAAAUUACACAACUCCGACACGUUUUAAUUGACCACCUUGUUUGAACAGUAGACGGUAUAACUUGAUAACGCAGUAGCGGUGGCCGAUCAACAUAAAAUAUAUCCUGACAUUUUAGAUGUUCUGGAAUGAGAAGUACUUUAAAAAGCUGCUUUUCUAUAAUGCUACAGGCCUGUGUAAAUCAAUAGUCACCCCACAUCCAAGCCUGUGAUUUGUUUCUGUCCUCCUGGGCUGCCAGCAGUAGAAGCGUGUGAAACAUUCUGGGGUCAGUUCUGACAGAGGGGUUCAGCAGUGACAAUGAGCAAUCCGUCGAAGAUGAACGGUCCCAACGUAGCGAAGCUGACAGGGAGCAGCGCUCCGGGGAAGGAGGAGCCGGCAGCCAACAGACACGGGGAGGGCGAUGCCAACCCGUUUGCAGACUACAUGUGGAUGGAGAACGAGGAGGAGUACAACCGACAGGUGGAAGAGGAGCUGCUGGAGCAGGAGUUCUUGGAACGCUGUUUCCAGGAGAUGCUGGAUGAGGAGGAUCAGGAUUGGUUCAUUCCGUCGCGGGACCUCCCCUCGGGGGUGGGGCCGCUCCAGCAGCAGCUCAACGGGCUCACAGUCAACGACAACAACAACGCCGACGAGAUUGCGCGGAAGAGCAGUUUAAACCCAGAGGCAAAGGAGUUUGUGCCGGGAGUGAAGUACUGAAAAGAGACUCUGUCCGAUGCCACGUCAGACACGCUGCUCUCACUCGGGACUGUGAAUCGAGGGAAAUUUAUUAUAUAAGCUUUUUUUUUUUUUUUUUUUUUUUUUUUUUUUUUUUUUUUUUUGAUGGAGGGGCAGUAUUCUUAAAUACUGUAGUUACUUUCAAAAAACAAAAAGAUGCAAUUUACACACAGACUAUAAAUGCUUUUUAUGGACAGCGAGUGAAUAAUGAUGCAUCAUGGGGAAACGCUGGAUGACUGCAGUCCAGUAGUGUGCAACCUCUAAGGAUAAUCGGAUCAUUUUUCUUUUUCUGGGGGGGGGGGGGGUGGAUUUACAGGAAAUCUGUGAUUUAAAUGUCAAUCCUAAACUUGGAGUUGAAUUGGUUUAAAAAGAAUAAAAAAUAGUUUGUAGAAAGGUA